GUGGCAGGUGUGCUUGUGGGACACCCAUUUGACACUGUCAAGGUCCGACUGCAGGUGCAGAGUGGGGACAAACCCCAGUACCGGGGGACGGUGCACUGCUUCCAGUCGAUCAUCCGCCAGGAGAGCGUGCUGGGCCUGUACAAGGGCCUGGGCUCGCCCCUCAUGGGACUCACCUUCAUUAACGCGCUCGUGUUCGGCGUCCAGGGCAACACGCUGCGCGCCCUGGGCCGAGACACGCCCACGAACCAGUUCCUGGCUGGCGCGGCGGCAGGCACCAUCCAGUGCGUCAUCUGCUGCCCCAUGGAGCUGGCCAAGACGCGGCUGCAGCUGCAGGACGCGGGCCAGGCGCGCACCUACAGCGGCUCACUGGACUGCCUGGGCCAGAUCUACCGGCGCGAGGGCCUGCGCGGCAUCAACCGCGGCAUGCUGUCCACGCUGCUGCGCGAGACGCCCAGCUUCGGCGUCUACUUCCUCACCUACGACGUGCUGACACGCGCCCUGGGCUGCGAGCCGGACGACCGCCUGCUGGUGCCCAAGCUGCUGCUGGCCGGCGGCACGUCGGGCAUCACGUCCUGGCUCUCCACCUACCCUGUGGACGUGGUCAAGUCGAGGCUGCAGGCCGACGGGCUACGGGGUGCGCCGCGCUACCGGGGCAUCGUCGACUGUGUGCGCCAGAGCUACAAGGCCGAGGGCUGGCGCGUCUUCACGCGGGGGCUGACCUCCACGCUGCUGCGCGCCUUCCCGGUCAACGCCGCCACCUUCGCCACGGUCACUGUGGUACUCAGCUACGCGCGGGGCGACGAGGUGCGGCCCGACGCGCCUGCCGGACCGACCCUGAGCCAGCCAUCCAGCCUGUGAUAGGGGCUCACCCAUGUGCACAGCCCAGCCCAGACAGAAUUCAGCGCACCAACUGGGCCUCCGUUUCCUCUGUUCCCAAAUGGGGGUGCCCACACCCCCCACCCGCUGGUGCAGUGGCCAAGGGCGGAGGUGAAGCCUGGUGCCUGCUAGAGGGGUGGGGUGGGGAGGGUAGGGUUCGGGAAGCCCCGCACACACUCUAACCGCACCCACCGGCCGUCUGGCCCCCAGCAGCCCUCCCCAGGAGAUGGUCCCCAGACGCCUCCCCUGCCGGUGAGUGGCCUGGUUCUAGUGUCCACCUGCAGAUCUGGGAACGCUGUUUCCAGUUGUGAAUGGGUCAGAGGUAGGGGGAGUGGGGAGCUGUACAACCAGAGGCCUGUGUGGGGUGGGGAGAGCUUCCUGGGCUGUGCCUCGAGGAAAUCCCUGUGUCCUGGGCUCAGGGUAUCUGCCCUUGAGUCUGGCCCAAGGUGCUCAGAUGGGGAGCCGUAAGGGACACACCACCCAGGGCCGGGAUAACUGAAGACAAAGUUCAGGGCCUCCCUCCCCAGCCAUUUCCCGUGGACCGUGGGCAUGCAGUGGGAGCCAUCCGGAGUGCAGAGGCCCCCUGCAGGGCAUUGGCGCUGAGGCCGUGGGAUGGGAAGAGAGGGGCGAUUGGUACACCCAGUGGAUGCCCCUCCAGCCGACCUUCCAGAAAGCGGAUCACUCCGCCUAGAUGGAGGUCCGGCCCUGCACAUCAUAUUCUUACAUUUGUACAUAAACUGCAGAGGGAAUGAA